AUGGUAAAUGCGGUAGGUGCCGUUAUCGCCAGUUUGGUAGUCGACCGUCUUAUCGCUUCCGAGACAGCAGCCAACCUCAGGAAGUUGGAAUUGUAUACGUUUGGAAGUGCGGCGAAUCAUAUGCACGGUCAAGGUGACCUCGCCCACAUUGAGCACUUUGCAAAUGAGGGCGACUACGUCGCACGGACGGGUAUCUUGUCAUAUCAACCGGUAGUCCUGCCAGGAAACCGAUAUGACGGCCAAAUUUACAUCAACCAAACUGGAGUAGGUCAUUUGUUGAAUACGCACUACCUCUCUGGCACGUUCGUUGCGGGAGGUACAGCGGCGCUGUCAAACUUGGCAAAAUAUCUUGGUGGAGGUGGAGGGCUAUUGGGAGGUGGACCAGGAGGAGGUGGUGGGCCAGGAGGUAAACCAGGAGGAGGUGGGGGACCUGGAGGCGGAACUUGA